UCCAAGAUGGCGCCCCCAAGAGCUGGGAGCGGGUGACCGGCGGCGGGGAAGCGGCCUGGGUUGGCCCUCGGAUUGCGGGGUCCUGGGGGCGUCUCGCCGGGCACCCCCUGGCCCACCCACACGGCCUUCCCGGGGCCAGAGCAAUGGCCGCCGAGAACAGCAAGCAGUUUUGGAAGAGGAGCGCCAAGCUGCCGGGGAGCAUCCAACCUGUGUAUGGAGCACAGCACCCUCCUCUGGACCCCCGGCUCACCAAAAACUUCAUUAAAGAACGGUCAAAAGUCAACACAGUUCCUCUGAAGAAUAAGAAGGCCUCCAGUUUUCACGAGUUUGCCCGGAAUACCAGUGAUGCUUGGGACAUUGGCGACGAUGAGGAAGAGGACUUUUCCACCCCACCUUUCCAAACUCUGAACUCAAAAGUUGCUUUGGCAACUGCAGCCCAAGUCCUAGAAAACCACAGCAAGCUGAGGAUAAAACCGGAGCGGUCCCAGUCCACGACGUCCGACGUCCCUGCCAACUCCAAGGUCGUCAAGUCCAGCAGUGAUGCCCAGCUGUCCAGAAACUCCAGUGACACAUGCCUAAGGAACCCACUCCACAAACAGCAGUCACUCCCCCUCCGACCCAUCAUCCCCCUCGUUGCCCGGAUCUCAGACCAGAAUGCUUCCGGAGCCCCCCCAAUGACUGUCCGGGAGAAAACCCGCCUCGAAAAAUUCCGUCAACUUCUCUCCAGCCACAACACUGACUUAGAUGAGCUGAGGAAGUGUAGCUGGCCAGGGGUUCCCAGGGAGGUUCGACCUGUAACCUGGAGACUCCUGUCGGGCUAUCUCCCAGCAAACACCGAGCGGAGGAAGUUGACCUUGCAGAGGAAGCGGGAGGAAUAUUUUGGCUUCAUUGAACAGUAUUAUGACUCUCGAAAUGAGGAGCAUCACCAGGAUACCUACAGACAGAUUCACAUUGACAUUCCAAGGACGAAUCCUCUCAUUCCAUUGUUCCAGCAACCACUUGUACAGGAGAUCUUUGAAAGAAUUCUGUUUAUUUGGGCCAUCCGACACCCUGCCAGUGGGUACGUCCAGGGAAUUAAUGACCUGGUCACUCCGUUCUUUGUCGUCUUCCUCUCAGAAUAUGUGGAAGAGGAUGUGGAGAACUUUGACGUGACCAACCUGUCUCAGGACAUGCUGCGAAGCAUUGAAGCCGACAGCUUUUGGUGCAUGAGCAAGCUGCUGGACGGGAUCCAGAGCAGGUACAUAAUCACUUCAGGAGGUACGAGGUCGAAUACCUUCAGUUUGCCUUUCGCUGGAUGAACAACCUGCUCAUGCGGGAGCUUCCUCUCCGCUGCACCAUCCGCCUGUGGGACACCUACCAGUCUGAACCUGAAGGGUUCUCCCACUUUCAUCUCUACGUGUGUGCAGCCUUCUUGAUCAAGUGGAGGAAAGAGAUCUUGGAUGAAGAGGACUUUCAGGGUCUCCUCAUGCUGCUACAGAACCUGCCUACGAUACACUGGGGCAACGAGGAGAUCGGGCUGCUGCUCGCUGAGGCCUACAGACUCAAGUACAUGUUUGCCGACGCCCCCAACCACUACCGCCGAUAGGUGCUGUCUCCCCCGGGGACCCGGACUGCCCCCAUCUCUGAUGGCAAUCUGCUCACCGUGGCCACUGUGCGAGCCGUGGACCCUGGCCAGGAGCCACUCCUGCUGUACAAAGCUCACACCCGCCAUCCAGGUCUUAACUCUUCGGCAUCCACCACUCCAUGUCUCUGGAUGUGUCUCUGGGACCACUGUCAGUAUUCCAGGCCACGUGGAUGGGCCCAGCUCUGGGAGAGGACAAAACCGGAGGUACAGGGUUGUCUGCCCCUUGAGAAGAAACUGGACAAAAGGGGAAGGCUCAGGGUCUCAGCUCACACUGUCCCUACAUGGGCUGCCUCUUGCCCCCUGGCCCCAACUAAGGCCGCUGCUUUUGUGACAUAGUUUGAUUUGAUCACAGGUCAGAAACGCCUUAUGUUCUCAAGACCCCUGGUCCCUCUGCUCUCCCCGGUCCUAGCCCCUCCCCUUCUGCCCUUGUCUGAGCCAGGGAGGGGCUGCGUUAGAGGAGCUGUCCUCAGAUGGAGGAGGCCAACACCCAAGGGCUAGGGAUCUGGUUUCCCUUUUCUCACCAGGCGCGUGCGAGCGUGUGCGUGCAUGUGUGAGUGUGUGUGUGUCUGUCUACGUGCCCAUCAGCAUUCAGCCACGUGUCUGAAUCUCUGCAUCCCGACUAGUCCCAUCAGAACCCGCGGGGAAGGGCAAGGGUCCCGUGACCAAGUGUACAAGCGUCCCUUGAGAAGGAUCAGGGUAGGGGAGGGAGCGAGGGCUUUUUGCCUCUCCGAACCCCUUUUCCACAAUGACCCACUCCAAGAUACUAGGUGUAGAUUGUGCUCUGUGCGGUAGAGGUGUACAGAUACACGUCCUCUUUGUAGCAGGUAGGGUUUCGUAUUCACAGUGUGCGUCAGCUGUGGAAGCAAUCGAGGUCACUAGCACAGACGCAGCUCCAGGCGGGUGGCUGCAGCGCCUCCAGUUGGUUCCUGGGUACCCCACCAUGAGGGAGGUGGAGCAGGAGUCUGCUCAGGUGAGCGUGGCCAGGCAGGCGCAGCUGCCUUGAGAUGCAACGGCAGGCUUCCCCGCAUCAGUGUCUCCACGGUCCCCUCCCCUCCCUCCACUCCUCCCAGGCCUUUCUGGAGCGUCUGCCCCACUCCUCCCCAUCUUCGGCAGGGGGAACCCCCGACCCGUCACCCUUAGCAGCCUCCCCAAGAAGGGACUGCAGAGGUAGAAGCACUUUCUACAUGUUUUUAGCCCCUGCCGUCCCCCUGAAUCUGGAGAGGGCUUUUGUUUGCCCAUUCCUAAGUCAGCGUUGUAUUCAGGACAAGCCGUGACUGACUAGUCAGUGCCAAGGAAAGGUCCCCGGUUUGGGGCUCUUCUCAGCGUUCGGUGUCCCUCCUGUCACCAUCCCACCCCACGCAGCUCAUGUGCCGUGCGGCCCACAUUCAACUGUCGGGGUUUGGUAGUGGAGAGCUGGAGGACAGGGCCAGCAGCUGUCAUCCUCAUGGGAAGCCAAGCAGAGUCCCCAGUGGGUGACACCCUUGAGUCUCCUUGACAGUGAGGCCCAGCGCACCACACCCAGCCAUGAGUUAGGCGUCUCACCCGGAGCUGUUUCUCAGGCAUUCUUCCCAACCCUCUCCUCUCCCUUCGGUGUGCCUCAGUAAUCUCCGUCACAGAGUGGGGGGGCUGUGACCCUCCCUCCGCCGGACUAACUAAAGAAAGACACUUGUGUUCCCAAGUGGUGGUUUUAUUUUUUUAGUUUUUAUGUUUGUAUGGGAAAUUGUGGAUAAAGUGAAAGAAUUGUAAAUAAAUAGUGUUAUUUCCU